AGGCCGCCGGCCCCGCCCGCCGAGCCGAGCCGAGCCGAGCCGAGCCAUGGCGCCGCUGGUGCUGUACCACUGGACGCAGUCCUUCUCCUCGCAGAAGGUGCGCUUGGCCAUAGCCGAGAAAGCGCUCAAGUGCGAGGAGCACGACGUGAACCUGCCGCUGAGCGAGCACAACGAGCCGUGGUUCAUGCGCCUGAACGCCUCGGGAGAGGUGCCCGUGCUGAUCCACGGCGAGAACAUCAUCUGCGAGGCAACGCAGAUCAUCGAUUACCUUGAGGCCACCUUCGUAGAUGAGGAAGUACCCAGAUUAAUGCCAGAAGAGGGGAGCAUGUAUUAUCCCAGGGUGCAACACUACAGAGAGCUUUUGGACUCCUUGCCCAUGGAUGCCUACACACAUGGCUGCAUCCUGCACCCCGAGCUGACCGUGGACUCCAUGAUUCCAGCCUAUGCCACCAGCAGAAUUCGUAGCCAAAUAAGUAACACGGAAUCAGAGCUGAGGAAACUUGCAGAAGAGAACCCAGACCUUCAAGAUGCCUAUAUAGCAAAACAGAAGCGCCUUAAAUCUAAGCUGCUGGAUCAUGAUAAUAUAAAAUACCUAAAGAAGAUCCUGGACGAACUGGAAAAGGUUUUGGAUCAGGUUGAGACGGAAUUGCAGCGGCGAAACGAGGAAACCCCAGAAGAUGGGAACCAGCCUUGGCUCUGUGGGGAUUUCUUCAGCCUGGCCGACGUGUCCCUCGCCGUCACGUUACACCGCCUCAAGUUCCUGGGGUUGGCAAGAAGAAACUGGGGGAACGGGAAGCGGCCCAACGUGGAGGCCUACUACGAGCGCGUCCUGAAGAGGAAAGCCUUCUGCCAAGUGCUGGGACACGUCAACAACAUCCUGAUCUCGGCCGUGCUGCCCACGGCCUUCCGCGUGGCCAAGAAGAGGGCUCCGCAGGUGCUGGGCAGCGCGCUGCUGGUCGGCCUGCUGGCCGGAGUGGGCUACCUGGCGUUCCUCUGCCUGCGCAAGAGGCUGGCCGGCCUGAUGGUGCCCCUCAGAACCAGGCAAAGCUACUUCUAGGCCUGGCCCUCCCUGGCUGCGAGUGGAAGGCACCUCUGCUCUGCCAGGAAAUCACCCCCAGUGAAAUAGAAAAGUAGCAGCAGGUUACCUCCAUCUGUUAGAACAUCAUCGCCCAGGGACUGCCUCCUGCUCUUGCGUCGUCGGACUGAGAGUGCUGAGACGGUUGUGGCACGUGCGUGCUAGGGGGACAACGUGGCAAAGAAGAGGCCUUCUCUUGAGGCCAGGACUCUAAGGGCUGUGACAGUGCUUUGCUGAAGUCAUCAUUGUCUCCUUUCCCCAGCAGCUGAUCUAAUUACCGUGCUGUUG